CGACGCUAUGAACUUGUUAUACGUCAACAGCCUCAGCGAGGUCGACAAUGCGCCCUUGGAUCUAGGGAGCGCAGGCCUAUCGAUCCGCCUCCCAUCUGUCAGCUCGUCAUCUAUCGCCCGGACGGCACAUCAGCAUCCGACCCCGCUGGCUCCUCGCCCUCUUUCUCGGCCCCAGUCGCACCCACUCCAACCCCAACAACGCGUCGCCUCGAAGGCAAGACGUACUCGAGCGGACAUCUGGUCAAGGACUUGGAUGGACAGACGAUGGCUUGCUUCUUCGUCUUCCCAGACUUGAGCAUCAAGGAUGAGGGAAUGUUCGCGCUGCGCUUCAAUCUGAUACGUGGGCUUGUCCCCUCAUCGUCGUCGUCCCCGUCAUUGGCGGGCGGCAUUGUCACCUCAGUCACGUCGGUCAUCUUUGAGAACUACUCGCCACGCCGCUUCCCCGGGUCAUUGGAGAGCACACCGCUUACGCGGACUCUUGCUGGGCAAGGGGUGCUCGCACCGAUUCGUAACUACACUACCGCCGCUGCGGCGUCGGCGCCGACUUCGGCUUCGGCAUCGGGGGCGGGAGCUGUAUCUGCAACAACGUCGGCCUCUUCGUCGAGGAGAGAGAGUCUGGCGAGUCUCGACAAGGAGAAGUGA